GAGCAGCCGAUUAUUGAUCCGCUGCGAACUUUGGACCGACAAACACUGCGACUCCCGCAGAACAUGAGAAGAGCCGAGCUUGUGUGAGUCCUGCUAAGAACCACCAGAACCGGGACCGAGAGUCUGUUCGCGGAGCCGAGGAUGAGCGCGAGAUAACGGUCCGGUUCGUGAUGGAGCUCGGGAACCAGUUCAGAUCGGAUCCGAAUCGAGAGCGAGCCAGCGACACUAUUCCUCGCGCCGAUCCGGAUCAGACCCAAAAAAGGAGGAGGAGCUUCCCGAAAUGGCUGAUUGGCCUCAUCUUCACCAUCAUCAUCCUCGUCUUGGCAGGAUCUUCAUCUCUUAUCUGGUACUUUCUGGAGUACAGGGUGUGGGUUCUGGAGCCGCGGCUGGUCCAGCAGUACACAGCCAGUGUUUCUAUACUCAAUCUGAACUUCUCUGUCAGUCUGUCAAGCCACGAGAGCUCAGAGUUCAGAGCGGCGGCUGCGUCUGUGCAGAACAUGGUGGAGAAGCUGCUGAAGUGCACAGACCUGUCCAGAUACUUCAACUCCAGCGCAGUGUUUGCGUUCGGGAACGGCAGUGUGGUGGCUCAUCUCUGGCUGCGUCUGUCGGUUCCUAGCAGUCGUGUGGAGACGGUGAGCAUCCAGCGACUGAACGAGAGCGUGUUCAGAGAACUGCAGCGCUUCAGCGACGCUCAGCAGAUCAGCAGAUACGAGGGUUUCCAUCUGCUGCUGCCCUCGCUCAGCUUCACCGAAACCCACCCCAAAGUUAUAGAUCGUUUUCAAGCUACGUUUGACUGCUAUCGCUACACGUCUCUGGUCUCGGCGGAGCCGGUGGUUCUGGAGGGGCCGAACAUGCAGCGCUCGUCGUGUCUGUGGCACUUGAGGGCCCCUGCGGGCUCCCGGCUGGAGCUCAGGGUCGAGUGGCUCCUGAGCGAGUGUCGCGACCGUCUGAUCAUCUACGACUCGGUCACGCCGACAGACUCUCGUCUCCUCACCUCGCUUUACGGCUGCAGUCGGUACGAGCAGACGGUGCAGCUGCUGUCGUCUGCUGACUGGAUGACGGUGGUUUGGAAACAGGGUCUGUACAGUUACAAGGAUCCGUUUUCACUGAGCGCGCGAGCCUGGCCGGACCAGGAUUGCUCCUACAGUGUUGUGUUAGAGAAGACAGACGGUGUCCAGGGCAUUUUACAGACGCCCUUCUACCCCAGUUAUUACCCUCCCGACACCAACUGCACCUGGAUCUUCACUGUGCCGUCGGUGGAGUUCGGUCUGACUCUGUCCUUUGAAGGAUACGAGCUGAACCGUGCCAGUUACAGUCAGACCUGCACACAGGGCAGAUGGAGCAUCCAGAGCCGCAGGCUGUGUGGCGUCCGAGGCUUGCAGCCGUACUCCGAGCGAAUCCACCUGCUGUCGAGCACCGUCUCUGUGUCCCUGACCUCUGAGGUGUCUCUCACCGGCCCGGGCCUGCAGGUUCACUACAGCAUCUUUAACCAGUCUGAUCCGUGUCCCGGUCAGGUGCUUUGCCAUGUUAACGGUCUCUGUGUGCCGGCGUGUGAUGGUAUCAGCGACUGCCCCAACGGUCUGGAUGAGAGAAACUGCGUGUGUAUCGCUCAGUUCCAGUGCUCAGAGGACAGUCAGUGUGUCGACUACUAUAAAGUGUGUGAUCAGCAUCCAGACUGCAUCGAGGGUAGCGACGAGGAAAACUGCACACAGGGUGUACCAUGUUCUGACUGGACGUAUGUAUGUGGAGAUGGAACGUGUCUAAAGAAGCCAAACCCAGAAUGUGACUUUAUCACGGACUGUCCUGAUGAAUCUGAUGAGAAAUACUGCAACUGUGGACUGAGGCCGUUCAGCAGUCGUGUGGUGGGCGGGACCGAUGCAGUGGAGGGGGAGUGGCCAUGGCAGGCCAGCCUGCAGAUCAGUGGGCGGCACAUAUGUGGGGGGGCGUUAGUCUCCGCCCAGUGGGUGGUGUCUGCAGCUCACUGCUUCUAUGACGACGGGUUCUUCUCUCCAUCCGUGUGGACCGUCUAUCUGGGUAAACUGCGUCUCUAUGGCAACAGUCAGACGGAGGAAGCCAUCCGCGUGUCACACAUCCACCUGCAUCACUAUUAUGACGACGAGACGCACGACUAUGACGUGGCUCUGCUGCGUCUGCUGAGGCCGGUGUGGUCGGGGACUCUGGCUCAUCCGGUCUGUCUGCCGCCGCAGACGCAGCAGCUGGAGCCAGACGUGCUGUGCUGGGUCACGGGAUGGGGCGCGCUGCGGGAGGGAGGAGCGGUCAGUGAUGUUCUGCAGAAGGUAGACGUGCGAUUGGUCAGUGAAGACGCCUGUGUGCGUUCCUAUGGUUACAUGAUCACGCCCAGAAUGAUCUGCGCCGGGUAUCGCAGCGGAGGGAAGGACGCCUGUCAGGGCGACUCCGGCGGGCCGCUGGUGUGUCAGGAGCCGUCUGGACGCUGGUUUCUGGCCGGUGUGGUGAGCUGGGGCAGAGGCUGCGGACGACCCGACUAUUACGGGGUUUACACACGCAUCACCAAACUCAGCGGCUGGAUCAAGCGCCUCAUCUCCUCCUGAGAAACACCCGAGACCAUUAAAAGGAAAAACCUGCACAACCCGUUUCCCAGCGUUCAGUCCCUUGCUCUAAGCUUCAUGGGAAAUGUGGUUUUAUGAUUCAGCUGGAUUAGCUGCUCUUCAAAGGACAUGAUUUUAUUAUUUUAUUUGUAAUUAUUUAGACUAAAAAUAGUCCAGAUUCUUAGCAGAGGUCUUAAGUUGACAGUUCACCCAAAACUGAAGCCUCUGUCUUCAUCAUUUGCUCACGUCGAUCCAAACAUGCACGACUUUCGUUCUUUCGUGGAAACCGAAGUGAGAAAUUCUGCAGAAUGUCACAGCGGACGGCAGUGACGACAUGAGGGAGAAUCGAUGAUGACGCAGUUUAUUUCACUUUUGAGUUCUUUUCCUGUAAAGUAGAGCAUGUGAACUGAUAAAACUCUCUCUCUCUCUCUCAUUGUUGUAGAAAAGCAGUACUUUACGUAGCUGACAAAUGGAAAGCAAUGAAAUUAAUGUAUAAGCAAUACAAAUUCAUAUUUGCUGGAACAAAUAAAGCCUUUGUACAGAAACUCUGAUGUAGGUUUUCUGGGGUGAGAUCCGGAGCUCCACACUGACGCCCCGCGGUCACGCUUAUCAAGAGUUAACAUUAUGUGAUGUAACACAAAAUACAUCAAAUCCCAGUGAGACCACCUGAAUUUACUCAUGCAUAUACUGAAAUAUGAGCGAGUUGGCAUGUCUGUAAUAAUCUGAGUCAUGCAGGUAAACACGCAGAGAUAUUAGAAAUGAAGCUGCUUUAGGAAAAUCAGUACAAACCUGAGUGAUGCUUAUAUUCCCUUGUGCUGUCAUUGACCGACCAACAUGUUCUUCCUGAACUACAAACUUGUACUCAGAAGUGAAAUUUGACAAAACUAAAAUUUUUUGCAAUUAUAACAUUUAUAAUUCCAUUAUAACAAAGAAAGUGUGCACACGAUGUAAAUAAUAGAUUCAGUGUGCAGUGUA